CUAGACAUUAUUAAUAUAAGAAAUAUUUUAAAGGUAUAAGUUGAAGCAAGCAUGGAUAAUUCUGAUACGGGUAUAUUUGGUGAUACGGUAAUAGACGGUAUAUGGUUUAGAGCGAAAAAUGAUACUGGUUUUCCAACUCCGGGCCAGUAUAAUCCAAUUUAUAUUCUAACCGGUGUUUUUGGUGGGCUUUUCAUUAUAUUACCAUUACUCGUACGGAAAUCUCCUAAUAAAGUAAUUAUCAGAUGCAGUAUUAUGCUGUCAAUAUUCUGCAUAUGGAUCUUCUGGGUAACCGUUUACAUAGGACAGAUGAAUCCUAUCAUGGGUCCACGGAUGCAUAACACUACUGUUGCUUGGAUUGCUCAUGCAAAGGGAAAUCCAUUAAAAGCUUCCGACUUAAAGGAUGAGGAGGUUUCGGAUUACUAGUAAUCCUUGUAAACUACUAAUGACAGG